AUACUGUCAAACCAGUGCUGAAGUCGGUAGCGACACUGCUGAUGCUUGCAUCGGCAAGGCCCUCACUCCUCAGCUGACUCUUUUGCUGCCAUCAGAACUCCCUAAAAGCGCUGAAAAUAAGCAAAAGAACGGUCUAGACAGAGCGGCAGAGCUUUUGCGAGUCGGUGUGAACGGCUUUGCAUUUGUCGCGACAGGCACCAUGGUCUAUAAGGAGGCGCCAUGGGUCUUCAAGGGAAAGGCGCUGUACCAGCUGCAGCUUGUCAAAAGCGAUGAGGCACGGAAAUAUGUUCCAGACAAGUUCAAGCUUGUGGAAUUGUUCGGGUACACACUGGGCGGUUUCUACCUGGCGCGGUACGAGGACAGCCCUGCCGGCACCUUCGAUGAGAUGGUGGCCAUGGCGGGUCUGGUAUGGAACCCGCCCACCUCCUGUGCGUGGGCGGCGCGCGUGUUUGUAAACAACCGGGAGGCCCGCGACCACGGCGUGCACCACGUGGGGCUGCCCUCGCGACUGGGCGCCUUCAGCCUGCUGCCGGCGGCGUCAGGGGCCGCCGCGACGGAGCGCCGGAACGGUGGCAACUGGUGGCUGCCCACCGCGCCAGGUGGGAAGCAUCCGGCUGCGGUCCCCGGUGGUGUUCUGGAGCUGAGGAACGCGGACACGGGCCGUGGCCGGGGGCUGUCCACGCCCGUGUGCCUGAUUGAGCUGCCCGCGGCGCAACGGUCGCUUGGGCCACGAAUCACCUUGUCGUUGCCGAGCUUCAGCGGCGGUACGCCUGAGGUUCCCGGCCUGCUGCGGUACGCCUGCGACCUCACCACCAAUGUGGGCCUGGUGCCGCCGCUGCGCGUGACGGUGCCGCCGGCAGCCCGCGGCGAGGAGGAGUCACCCGAGCAGCUGGGCGCAGUGCUGGGCGGCCGGCCGCUGCUGUGCAUCGAGUUCGCACAGAUGGAGAUGCGCGUGGAGGAGCCGGAGGCGCUGGUGCUCGCGAGCACAUCUCAAGCAGGCACGGCGUCAGGCUGGGCCACCGCACGGACAGCAGCUAGUGUGACUGCCGCGUGGGGGUCGCGGGCGUGAGAGCCUGAGAGUAGCAGGAUGCAUGUAGAAAGUGGGAGCUCUACUAGCGCGUGGGAGUGUCAUGUGACUUAACAAAGAGCGUGAGAAACGAGUGUCGUGGAAGUGUUACAAGUGUGGGGUAUGAGAAAUGAGUGUCGCGGAAUGGUUGCAAAUGUGGGGUGAGUGGCAGUAGAACAAUUCGAGGGAGCGGGAGUCGCCGCGGACGCGGCAGGACGAGGAGGCCAGAGAGGGAAGGAAGGAGUCACGGGUCCGGUCGGUAACCCAGCGCCCCUGGCUUGGCUUGGGGACAUAUAUGUAAUGAAUGAAAUAU